CUGCAGUCUCGACAAAGAUAGCGAUCGCUUAACGACAAAAUUCGGUCGAUAAGUCCUAACGAUCCGAUCGUAACGAUUUUUGGUAGUCUCUACUGCCAAAACUAUCGAGUGUCAUCGCAAAGUUACCGAAUAUUUUCGGUAAGAUAACGAUUUAUCGUUAUGUCAUAGAAUUUCCUUGCGACAGUUUUUGACAGCCCGCUAAGUGAUAGCUACUAUCGAUAUCGUUCCUAUAUUUGUUUAUUUUACGUCAGAAAAUAUUAAAUAAAUAGUAAUUUAAUAAAUAAUGGCUUCUGAAUAUUUAGCAUGGGACUUAGUUGUGCUCGAGCACAGACGCGAUGUGCUUAUGGGUCGACAAAUAGCACGAAACAAGCGAAACGAUGAAAAUCCCUUGGAUUUGGAGGAUGGCCAAUUUCUUCAAAUGUAUAGAAUUUCAAAGGAAAUGUUUCACAGGCUACUAAGUGAACUGCGUCCAUCUCUCCAAAGACGACGGCCUUACGGACUUUCUGUGGAGUCCCAAAUACUGACGGCACUCCGAUUUUACGCAUGUGGGUGCUACCAACAACCUGUUGGCUUGCAGUGGGGUUGUAGCAUGAGCCAAAAAUCUGUUAGCCGAGUCAUCCGGGCUGUAACUUCGGCAAUAAAUGAAAAACUUUUAAGAAAAUAUAUUAAAUUUCCAAUGACUCAAGGAGAACGCCAUGCGGCAAAACAGAAAUUUAGAAAUGCCCCACAGCCAUUCCCAGGGGUAAUUGGAGCCAUUGAUUGCACCCAUAUAAAAAUUUUAGCUCCUAAGACCAAUGAGGAGUCUUAUGUGAGUGGUCACCAUGAGGGCCAUUCAUUAAAUGUGCAAGCUGUGUGUGACCCUGAUCUUAUUAUUUUAAAUAUUAAUGCUCGAUGGCCAGGAGCGAGACAUGAUGCUCACAUAUGGGCAAAUUCACCGGUGCGCUCAACAAUGAAGCGACAUUUUGAAAAUGGGGACCGCCGUGCUUGGCUGCUUGGUGAUGAUGGAUAUCCUCUGGAACCGUGGUUAAUGACUCCCAUAAAACAUCAACAGCCUGGCACACCGGAAUAUAAAUAUACCGAAGCACACUGCUCAGCUAGGAACAUCAUAGAAAGAUGCUUCGGUGUGCUAAAAUCUGUGUUUAGAUGUCUAUCACACCAACGCCAGUUAAUGUACGAACCCUAUAUGGCUGGCCUAAUAAUUAACGCAUGUGCAGUGCUCCACAAUAUGCGGAUAACAUAUAAGGGUGAAUUUCAACAGGUCCAAUAA